UGUAAGCCUGUCAUUUACAAAUUAUUACUUCCUUUCGUCGCAUAGUCGCUGGUUCCUGAAGUUCAUUUGCUAUCCACGUGCUUUUUUCGCUUAGAAAAUGGGUUUUGAAAACAUCUGGUACAGCCAUCCCCGCAAAUAUGGCCAGGGUUCACGAUCAUGCCGUGCAUGCUCCAACAGGCAUGGAUUGAUUCGCAAAUAUGGACUAAACCUGUGCCGUCAAUGCUUCAGGGAGUACGCCAACGAUAUUGGAUUCAAGAAGCUGGAUUGAGUUAAUAAUUAUGUAUAUUUUAACAAUACAUAAAAUUUAAAUAAAGCUUUUUUUAACCUUCAUUCUUUCUCUCUUUGAGAAGCUAAGAAACUCCCUCAAUUCCUUCCCAUUAAAACAUUCAAAGAAAAUAAAA